GCGGUGCCGCUCUAGCCAUCCGCCUCCGUGAUGCGCGCGGGGAAGGAAAUGCGCGCGAGGAAACGGGGGCCCUGGGCUCACGUGACCGCGCCGCCGCAUUCUUCCCGUCAGCCAUUUUAGGUCGGAGUCAGCCAGGCGGCGCCAUUAAAAGUGCGAGAAAGGAGGAAAUAAUCGGGAGCUUUCGUUCUCCCUCCCCGUGGAGAACCUCGCUUUUUUUUUUUCUCCCUCCCGCGGCGUCCCCUUCAGCGGCCUAUUUAUUCCUCUUUCCCUCUUCGAGACCGGCCAGCCGAGUCUCCCUUUUUUCUUAAAUAGCCCCCCCUCCCUUCGCCUCAUGUCGGACGACCAGUUCGCCGGAGAUGAAGCGCUGGCGGAGGCUUCGGAAGACAGCGAGCAGCUCGAAGGGAUCGUUGCUCCCGGCGGCGACGGCAUGGAAGAGGCCGAAGAAGAAGGAGGAGAUGAAGGAGAAGGCGGAGGGGGAGGCGGCGGAGGCGGCGGUGGCUCAAGCGAAUCGGAGGGAGCCAAAAUCGACGCCAGCAAGAACGAGGAGGAUGAAGGAAAAAUGUUCGUCGGCGGCCUUAGCUGGGAUACUACAAAGAAGGAUCUUAAGGAUUACUUCACAAAAUUUGGUGAAGUAGUAGAUUGCACUCUGAAGCUAGACCCAAUUACAGGGCGGUCAAGAGGCUUUGGCUUUGUGCUGUUCAAAGAAUCUGAGAGUGUGGAAAAGGUCAUGGAUCAGAAAGAGCACAAACUGAAUGGCAAAGUGAUUGAUCCUAAAAGAGCUAAAGCAAUGAAAACAAAAGAACCCGUGAAAAAGAUCUUUGUGGGUGGCUUGUCACCAGAUACACCAGAAGAGAAAAUAAGGGAGUAUUUUGGAGGUUUUGGUGAGGUGGAAUCAAUAGAACUUCCUAUGGACAACAAAACCAAUAAGCGCAGAGGAUUUUGCUUCAUUACUUUCAAAGAUGAAGAACCAGUGAAGAAAAUCAUGGAGAAAAAAUAUCAUAACGUUGGUCUUAGUAAAUGCGAAAUAAAAGUAGCAAUGUCAAAAGAGCAAUAUCAGCAGCAACAGCAGUGGGGAACUCGAGGCGGAUUUUCUGGAAGAACCCGUGGCCGAGGUGGAGGCUCCAGUCAAAGCUGGAACACGGGAUACGGUAAUUAUUGGAACCAGGGGUAUGGCAACUAUGGAUACAACAGUCAAGGUUAUGGAGGCUAUGGAAACUAUGACUACACUGGCUACAAUAACUAUUAUGGAUAUGGAGAUUAUAGUAAUCAGCAGAGUGGUUAUGGGAAGGUAUCUCGGCGAGGAGGCCAUCAAAACAGCUACAAACCCUACUAAAUUAUUCCAUUUGCAGCCUAUUACAGACAGCGGGAACUUCCUUGCAGGCCCUGUGUCGCGCUGACUUCCCGAUUCUCACAGGCCCGCUCAAUGCGGACAGGGUACGAGAUGCUCACGCUCUCGAAUGCUGCCGUUUGGUAUGGUCUCUUCCAACAUCCUGUAUCAGCCUUAUAAUAAAAUGGAUACUUCAAGCUUUGCCUUCACUUAUUUCUUUGCUUGUAAAAUAAAAAUCCUCGUAAUAUAAUUUUAAUACAUUUUUUACAGGCCCAGUAAUGGUUAAAUACGUCAGCUUUUACUGAAUAAUUUUAACUGUUUGUUCUUCUAAGGAUACAGCUUGUCUCUGGAUUUUCCAGUAUUAAUUUUAUAUUUUAUUAAUCUAUUUUAAUGCUUGCUUUUCCCAUUUUUAUAGACACUGUUGUAGCAGUAAUUGCAAGAUGUUCUUGAGCUGAAGUCCUGUUGUGACGACAACUCUUAACUUUUCAAUAUAUACAUAUUAUAUAUAUAUAUAUUUAUAGAUUCACACACCCCUAUUUAUAACUUAUAUAGUAGAUUAUUAACUCUUUUUCCUCGUGCUGUUUAGCUGCCCAGCAUAAGUCUUUAAUAGAGGUCUUGGGCCCAAAUAGUCACUUACCACCCAGCUACUACUUAGUGGUGGUUGAGAAUUAAAGGUUUGCGGAGAUGCUUUAUGGCAUUUUGUGAAGUAAAUAAAUAUCUCUUGAGCAAUUUCAGAUGUGGAAAGAUCCUUUUUCAAACCGUGGUGCACAUGUGGAUUUCCAGCUCAUGGACUCUCCAGUUCAGCUUUAAUAUAUAAAAGCAUAUUUGAUUAAUGUUGAUAACUAUAUUUACUAAGUGGGAAGUAGGGCUAUCUAAGCAGUUUUCUGUAAACUUUGGCUACUUUGUUGGGUCUUCCUAAACUGACUUGUUUUUCUUUCUCUCUAGGUGGACAAGCAGUAUUCUCCACUGGAAGAUUCAUUUUGAGGCGGCUUGUGCCGCCUGCUAACCGCAGUCAAACUUUAAAAAAAAAAUUGUAUCAAGUCACUGAAUUGAAAGUAAGAUGUGGGUCCCUCUGACGUUUGAUUGCACUCUCAUGGCAACAGAAUUGUUUCACCGUCUUAUAUUUUUUAAUUGCAAUGCUUAAGGAAUCAAUUUGACUUAACGCCCCGUUCCCAUUUUGUUCCCAGUAUUGUAGAGCAGAUCUUGUGUUUUAAAGCCCAGUGUGACAGUGUCAUGAUGUAGUAGUGUCUUACUGGUUUUCUAAUAAAUCUUUUUGUAUAAA